AAUUUUCUAUUAUUAGACUACGUCUAUGCCUCGUGAUAUUUUAUCAGUGCCUGGGUUGUAAAGGAAUCGUUAUAAAGUUAGUCCAUCCGGGCAGUCUGCACUAUAAAAUCUACUCAUCAACAAAUAAAAUGAUAUAAUUUUUGUAUCUGAUCCAGCGUUCCAAAGAACAGAGUUUAACCGUUUGGAGGAAACAUAUUGGGAUUGAAAUCCCUUGGCGAACGCCAGACAUAUUUUUACCUUUCUUUAUUCGUUGUGAUCGUUUUUAUGACGGUUUUGAGAAAAGACGGGCCAUUGCCGUGGCAUCCAGGAAGUAUAGAAACUAAAAACUUUCAGAAGACCAUAGAACCUAUACAGGGGUUUAUGAAUUACCAACAGUAUUGUUACUCAUUUCAAGCUGGGAGUGGACUUCACCGAAAACACAAAACAAGCAUUAGAAAUUGUACAGUGAAUCGGUCAAAAUGGCCGCAAUUAACAUCAACAGCGAGGUCACUGACCAGUUCUACCGCUAUAAGAUGCCUAGGCUCAUAGCUAAGGUUGAGGGAAAAGGGAAUGGGAUUAAAACUGUUAUUGUGAAUAUGCCUGAAAUUGCCAAGGCAUUAUCAAGGCCACCAACAUAUCCAACAAAGUAUUUUGGAUGUGAAUUAGGAGCACAAACCAUGUUUGACUUCAAAAAUGAACGCUUUAUUGUCAAUGGUUCUCAUGAUGCCAGCAAGCUUCAGUUGCUUUUGGAUGGCUUCAUCAAACGUUUUGUACUGUGUCCUGAGUGUUCUAACCCAGAAACUCAACUAAAUUGCUCUCAAAAGAAACAGACUAUCUCACAACGGUGCAUUGCUUGUGGUAACACUGGCAUGAUUGAUAUGCGGCACAAACUGACAACAUUCAUCCUGAAAAAUCCUCCUGAUCAGGAUCCUGCUGCAACACCCACCAAGCAGACUAAGAAGGACAAGAAGAAGAAUAAGGCUGUAAAUGGAGAGAAGAAGGAUGAUAGAGCCAGCCCUGAGGCUAAUGCUCAGGAGCAAAUGGCAGCCCAGAGAGCUAGUGGAGGUGUUGUUGAUGCUCCCCCAGUUGUGGAAACGAGUAAGAAUGAGGAUGAGGAUGACUGGGGGGAAGACUUCAGUGAGGAGGCAGUGAGGAAUAGAAUGGAGGAGCUCAGUACAGCAGCUAAACAGAUGGCCUUCACUGAUGACUUGGAGAAAACACAGGAAGAACGACUCAACAUGUUCUACAAGUUUGUUGAGUUGAAGCGUGAAACUUUUCCAGGAGGAGGAGACAAAGAGGUUGUUGCUGAAGCCGAACGUCUAGAAAUCAAGGACAAGGCACCUUUGAUAUUGGUCGAAGUGCUUCUUGAUGUGAAGGUGCUUCAACAGCUGAAACAGCACCGCAAUCUCUUCUUAAGGUUUUGCCAUGAAAAUCCCAAAUCACAAAAGUAUAUGCUGGGAGGUAUUGAACAACUAGUGGGAAAUGUACACAAAGAAGAAUUAUUGCCUAAAGUACCCCACGUCUUGAAAACAUUAUAUGACCUUGAUAUUAUUGAUGAGGAAGUCUUGCUAGAGUGGGACAAAAAGGUGUCAAAGAAGUAUGUUGACAAGAAGGUUUCAGCUGAAAUUCAUGAGAAAGCAACACCUUUCAUUAACUGGCUGAAGGAAGCAGAAGAGGAUGACUCUGAGGAGGAGGAAGAAGAAGAGGAGGACCAAGUGGAGGUGGUCUAUUCCAAUUUUGAGGGAGUUGGCCAAAAGGAAGUGCAGAGACCAGUAGCCAGGGAGGCACCUCCUGCACAGGACGAGGAGGAUGAUCUUGAUAUUGAUGAUAUCUAAGGAUGUCAUAUAUCAAAGAUGCAUAUAGAUGUAUUCUUCUAUCUUUUGGGACUUUCUUCAUUCCAUGAAAAUUAUUUGCUUUGUGAUAGCUGAAUUGUCAGCAACUGCUGUAAAUUCAUAUGUCAUGUUAUUUAGAUCUUCUAAUGCAGGAUUUUCUGAUUGAUUUCAUGAAUAUUUUUAUGAUAUAUAUGGUGUCAGAUUAGAUUAGUGAAAUCAAAGUCAUGUAGUUUUUAUGUUUCAGAUUUGAAUUAAUUGAUGGAUGAACUUUGUGUUUUGUCUUCUGUUUCAAUUUUUACAUAGAAGACAGCUUUGUUUUAAAUUCGUUUUGUUUUCUUUUUACCCAUGCAUUUAAUAGAGGUUUGCAAAACUUUGCAUUAAUAUGGAAGUGCAUGUAUCAGAUUCAUACUUGUGAAAUGACUCCUAAUUCUUAUGAGUGAGGAAACUAGUGAACAUUAUUAACCAGCUUUUUUGUGAAAUUGUUUUAAUUGCUUUUGGUUAAUUGCAGUAAUAAGAUGUAAUAAUCAGAUAUUAGAUUUCUGUUUCUAUCACUGGCUCUUCCUAUUUGUACAUUAUAACAUGUUAUAUCUUAAUAUGUGCAUGUUACUAUUUAUCUAAUGUUUGUUUUUGCAUCUGUAUUCAGUAUGUAACAAGUGGACAUUGACAUACUGGACUGGCAUCAUUGUUACAAACUGUUGUCUUUUGAGGGGUUUUUUUAAAACCAAGAAAAAAAAUGCUUCGGAAGAAUCUACUACUCUCAGUAAAAUUGUAGUGCAUAGAUAUGUGUUCAUCA